AAAUAUAUAGGUUAUUCAAUUUAACCAAGAAAAUAGUAAGAGUAUGAAGCAUGCAGACUGUUAAAGAUAAUUAUGAAAGAAGAAAUUACACCUUCAAUAUCUAUUACUUGUUGAUGCAUAGGGUGUAUCAUUUACCGGAUAAUAUAAUAGAAAACUCUCAAAACUAUUUACCACGAACAUAUAAAUAUUUGCAAGAGUAAAUGAAUAAUUCUUCUAACUUACCUUUUAAAAUUGAUGAAUUGCUCUAAAUUCUUAACAACCAUUUCAACUUUCAAAUGUUUUAUUGACUAACAUGAUCAUCUUUUUGCCCUGAAUAUGACAAGUUGACGACUAAUAAUUUAGUAGUUUUGAAUAUGAAAAGACAUGCCAUGUUGGAAUAAUGUUGUAUUUUCUUCAUUGGAUCGGGUUGAUUCACCCGUUCCAUUCACCUGUUUCACUGCACUCGUCAACAUUAUUUGCUGAUGGAUUACGUGGCUUGAGAAUAAUUUAAUGAUGAUGAUUUCGUCCAACUUCAGCACAUCAUUAUACAUAUUAUGCACAUAUUAUUUUAUUUCUUUUGUAUAUCUUAUGGUUAAUCUUUUGUUUUCUACCUUAUUUAAAAGUCUUUUGUUUCCUACUUUAUUUAGAAUUUAAACGAUCAAUCAAGAAAAUAAGAAAAAAAAUUUCACAAAUUCUUUGUCUUUCUUUUCCUCAAUUUAUUUCAAUUUCUUACAUGCCGGCAAUAAUAUAAAAAAAAGAUUAUUAAGUUUUUAUUUUAAAGAAUAUAAAUAAUGGAGGAGAAGUAAUUUACACAUAUAGAUUUUUUUUUACAAUAAAAGGAAAUAUGUAAGUAGAAAAAUUAUCAAAGAAUAAAAAAAAUAAAAUAAACAGACCUCCUUAGUGAAAGAGAGAUAACACAUCACCCCUUUUUGCCUAGUUUUAUUAUUUUAUGCUCUACGCGUCCCAUAUAGUUAUCUCAAAUUACUUGUCACCCAUAUAGUUAUCUCAAAUUACUUGUCAAUUUAUAAAAUUUAAAAAGAAUCAAUCAAUUACAUACCCAAAUUUAUGAAGUUCCAGAAAAAAGUUUCGUAAAUAAUAAAUUAAUUAACUAUCUAUAGUUUUAUUCAUAACUUCUUGAGGAGAAUAUAGAAGAGAAAGUGGACGACUUGCAUAAGAUUGAAGUUUGUGCCAAACCUUAUUACUCUUUAUUCAUCAUAUGACUCAUUUUUCCCUUUUAUCAAUAAAAAAGCUACACAUUUCUAUAUUUAUUACUACAAUUUAAUUUUAAAAUAUUUAUUUAUUUUUAAUAAAUUCAUAUAUAACAACAUAAAUAUCUACUUAUAACAUAUUUUAAAUUAUAAAGUUUGAAAAACAUUUUUUUUUUAAUAAAAAUUCAUUUCAAGUCAAACUACAUCAUAUAAGUUCAACGAGGGAUUGCAUCACUAAGCGUAUGCUUGAAAAAGGUUUCUGACAAAAAGUACAUUUUCUUUGGUUCUUUCACACAAAUAAUUGGGAUGUUCGGAAUAUGAUUUACAGAGGUAGAAAUUAAUAACCAAGUCUAAGAAGCUUGUUCUUACUCGAACUAGAUGGCCAAAAUUCAAAUGAUGGUAACAUAUUUUUGUGCUGCCAUAGUAAUUAUUAGUAAUCUGUUUGUGUGUCUAUGGAGAGUACUGAAUUGGAUUUGGUUCAGUCCAAAGAAGUUGAAGAAGUUGUUGAAGAAUCAAGGUCUAAAAGAGAAUUCAUACAGAAUAUUGUAUGGUGACAUGAAAGAACUUUUGGGGAUGACUAAGGAAGCUACCUCAAAGCCCAUGAAUCUGUCUGAUCAUUAUAUAGUCCCAAGAAUGUUUCCUUUCUUUCUUGAAAUCAUCAAGAAAUAUGAGACUCCUUUCACUGCACUAGCACCACCUGUCUUCAAAGGUGAAGGCUAUCAUGUCUGGGCAGUAAGAGUGGAGGCAUAUAUGGAGGCAAACGAUUUGUGGGAAACUGUUGAGGAGGACUACGAAGUUCCUCCCUUGCCUGAAAAUUCAACCAUGGCGCAUAUGAGGAAUCACAAGGAAAAGAAAACAAGAAAAUCAAAGGUUAGAGCAACGUUAUUCGCUGCAGUCUCAUCUGAAAUCUUUGUCAGGAUUAUGACAUUGAAAUCAGUUUUUGAGGUCUGGAAUUUCCUAAAGAAAAAAUAUGAAGGAGAUGAACGGAUCAAAGGUAUGCGUACUCUUAACCUGAUCCGAGAAUUUGAAUUUCAGAAGAUGAAGGAUUCAGAGACAAUCAAAGAGUAUUCUGAUAGAUUACUCAACAUUUCCAACAAUGUAAGAUUACUUGGCUCUGAAUUUUCUGAUUCUAGAUUGGUUCAAAAAAUUCUAGUAAUAGUCCCCAAAAGGUUUUGAAACAACUAUUUACGCACUGAAAAAUUCUAAGAAUUUAUCACAGAUUAGUUUGGCAGAACUAUUGAAUGCUUUGCAGGCACAAGAAUAGAGAAGACUUAUGAGGUCCGAAGGAUCUGUUGAAGGUGAACUACCUGCAAAAGUUCAAUCAAACCAGGGAUACCAAGGAAAGAAGAAGUGGAACAACAAGGAAAACUCAGGUUCUCAUUCUCCUGGGAUCAAUAGGGGAGCGAAACAUAAUUUUCCUUCUUGCAAGCAUUAUGGAAAGAAGGGUUAUCCACCGUUCAAAUGCUGGAGAAGGCCAGACCAACAGUGUGAGAUAUAUCAGCAGAUGGGACAUCAUCAGAAGGUUUGCAAGAACAACACUUAGCUAACUAAUGUUGCACAGGUAGCUAAUCAGGAAGAUGAAGAACAACUCUUUGUAGCGACAUGUUUGACAAUUAGCUGCUCGAGUGACAAGUAGCUUAUUGACAGUGGUUGCACAAACUACAUGAUAUUUGAUCAUGAUCUCUUCAAGGAGUUGGAUACUUCAGUAGUUUUCAAAGUACAAGUUGGUAAUGGAGACUAUAUUUCUGCUGAAGGCAAAGGUACUAUGGAAAUGAAAUGCUCCUCAGGUAUAAAACUAAUCAAAGAUGUGCUUUUUUGUACCUAAUAUUAGUCAUAGUCUGUAAAGUGUUAGCCAGAUGCUUGAGAAUAGUUUCAAACUUCUCUUUGAAUCCAAUUACUGUCAAAUCAAGGAUGAAGAUGACAAAAACUUAUUCAAGGUAAUGAUGAAGGGAAAGAUCUUUA